CGCCGCAGCAUCAGCAGCAGAUCUCGCCGCUCCUCAGUCCCCUCGUCGUCGGCGUCGGCGGCGGCGGCGGCGGCGGCUGCUUCUUUCCGGCGGCCACGGUUCCGGCGUAGAUCGGAGGAGAAGGGAAGGGGGGUUUUUCUCGAGCUCGCUUCGCUCAUGAACGAGGUUAAAGAAGAAGAAUCUAUUGUCCCGCCUAUAGAAGACGAAACUACUGAAGUCGAGCAUUUACUCGAAGAGCCUGAAAAUGAUGACUUCUCAGUGGAUGGUGUGUUUUGCUCUAAUGAGGAGAAUGCCGGGAAUUUCUUGGAUAUUAAAGACUUCAAUGAUGAAGUGGAGUUUAGCUUCAGAGGUGGACUGGAUUCCUACAUUACUCCAGAAGGAGGAGAUGCACUAAAUCUUGGAGUGCUUGAUGGAAUUUUGGAUGAAGUUGAUGAUGUGGAAGUUCUCAAUUCUUUGGAUGGUCCUGCUGUUGCAUGUGAAGAUUAUCUUUUAGACAUGGAUCUUGCUCAAGAAGUCUCUGCAUUGGAUAUUGGUCUCCGCGAUGGCGUCCGCUUGGGGAAUUCUAGUACAGACAGUCAUUCUCCGGGAUAUAGCGGAAGUAGUAAUGGUGCCAUUGAAAUGUCAGAGUCAUCUGAUGGAAACAAUCCAGAGCUCAAUUGCAAUGACGAUUCACGUCAAGGAAGAAUUGGUCCUGUGGAUUGCAAUUGUCUUUCACGUGAAUCGAUAAAGGUUGAUCAAGUGCAAAAUAGUUCAGAUUGUGUUGUUAGCUUGCUGUCAAGCCGAAACCAAAACAAUCCUGCUGCAGAAAGCAGAUUGGUAGCGGGUCUUACGCAAAAGAGACAGCGGAAGCCUACUCGGAGGUACAUCGAGGAAUCGGCAAAUAUGAAAUCUAGUCAUCUUAGGCCAGAGCAAAAGCCUUUUGUGGUUAGUUCAAAGAAGCAUGUGAACUUUAGAACUCCUGAUCAGCUACACGAUGUGGAACCUAGAGAGUUAACUUCAGUUCCUGUGAAGGAUUGUCCAGAAGAAACUAGCAUCAAAACACUGUCUCACCCUCACUUACAGGGAAGACGAUUGAAGAAACAUGAACCCCUCAUGGAAGAUGAUUUGGGAGCGUAUUCUUCUGCAUCUGAAUCUGAAGAUGACUUUGUCGAGCGGAGACCUAAGAAGGGUAUUGAUCGGAGGAAGCAUCAAAGGAUGUGGACUCUUGCCGAGGUGACAAAGUUGGUUGAUGGCAUCUCUGAGUAUGGAGCUGGAAAGUGGACAGAUAUAAAGAGGCUUUUCUUUGCUACGUCUGCCUACAGGACACCCAUAGAUCUCAGAGACAAGUGGCGGAAUCUUCUGAGGGCUAGUCAUGCACUAAAAUCACACAAGGGAGAGCCAAUGACGGUUUUGCAGGCCGAGAAGAAGGAGAAGAAUGCUGUCCGUCCACUGCCAAAGUCCUUGCUACGCCGGGUUCGUGAACUAGCAACGAUCCAUCCAUACCCGAGGAACUACAGUUCGAGAUCUCGCCCAGUUCCUACUGCGAAGAAAGGUGCUAGUCCCAGCUCCAAUGGAAGAAAUGUACGUAGAAGAAUCUGCUCUUGAAAGAAGCAUUUGCUAAAGCUGUAUACAAAGUAGCCUUAAAGCGAAAGAAGGAAAAAGACCAAACUUUGCUUCGCAUCGAUCUUUAAAAGAGAAAGAAAGAUUCUCUUCUAUUGUAGUCUCAGCUGGAGAAGUGUUGCCACAGAAUGUGGUGAAACAUUGCAUCGCGCAAAUAAAGAGUAAGAGGACAGGUUAAUUCGA